AUCAGUUCGCUGGUUAGUCGAUCGUCGUUAUUUGGUGAGUGAUGUUCACUUAAUUCACCUGUGCCACACCACCUCCAGACGCUGUGCUUCCAGUACCAACUUCCUAAGACGUCGACAUUGACUUCUUGUUGUGGCUUCUUGAAUUGAUUGAAGUCGACCACGGCAAGAUAAUAAAUAACCAUUGAAGCGCGAUCUAUUGCCUAGACCUGAUCGUUUGUUGUGUGCUUGUGCAUCUCAUCUCUUACAAAGAAAUUAAUCGCCUCGUGCCGUGUUUCGGACAUUUAAUUAAUGAUAUCAGUUUAAAUGCGUGUAGUUUUGCUGGAAUAACUUUAUUUGGUAUUUAAUUAAAGUUGACGAUUAAUACUACACUUUUCUGUUGAAAUGAAAAUGCAACUGCAAUCAUUUUAUGGUUUGUGCUGCAUUUUGCUGCAAACGAUCUUUAAAACUGCGCUUAGUGGACCAGUGACCGAAAACAGUAUUGUUAACAGUAAUUCGAUUUUUAGUAGCCGUUUUCCAGUCAAUUUGCACAAUCACCAAAAUCAUCACCAUCAUCAGUUUGGUGUCGAUAAACCUUCCAAAUUGAGAUUGUAUCUUUUAGCUGAUUUAGCUAGAGCUGCUGAAACGAAGUCAUACCUAAACUGCGAAUCAAGCGUAGAUUUAAAAGUCAACACCAGAAACUGCACCUGCAGCAACUUUGCAUGCCAUCGCUACUACAAGACGGUCAAGAAGCCAAGAAUUUUCGAGCGAACCUGCGAAGACGUGUGCUGUGGAAAGUUACGACUCAAAGGCAAAUCACUUUCCGACGAAGAAAAUGAUAAAAAAGUUGUAGUCCGUUCUGCAGCCACAGCCUCAGCCCCAGUAACAAUGGAGGCAGAUAGUGAAAAUGCUGCACAGGCACAAGCGCAUGCCAUCAGCUGUGGAGAAAUAAUCCCCGAUAAGAAUGAUAAAUUAACGAUUCCGUGGAUUGUCCAGAUUUCAUCUGAAGGUCAGGAUCGGUGCAUAGGAAGCCUGUUGAGCAGUCGGGCUGUGAUUACUUCUCUGAAUUGCAUCGAUAAGACAAAUAAGAUAACCGUUACAAGAUUUAACAAUUUAACUAUGCCAGCGGAUCACUUGCCAGUAAAGGAAAUCAUUCAAGAUGAUUUGGUUGAAAAGAGCGUAAUUCUAGUCCUAGGCGAGCCAGUGCCAACUGUUGAAAAGAACAUGAACCCAUGUCUACCUCAAGACGGACAUAAGCUCUCUAAUUCGCCCAACUGCUACUUAGGUUUGCCAAAUAGGGUAGCAGCGCCUGUGAAACUACUGCCUCAUGACGAUUGUGAUAAAAUCACUGCCACAUCUCAGACCUCUACAAAUAAUAUCUGCGUCCAGUAUCACUACCUUUCCGAGGAGCACACUGGUCCUGGUGCUCCUUUGAUCUGCAAUUGGGAUGCAAGGUACCCUCAUAAUUUCCAAAUUGUUGGCAUACUCAGUGAGAAAUUCAACGACGUUUUAGUAUUUGACGAUAUCAAUCGAAUUGAGAAUAUGAUUAGAUUAAAUUUAAAUACAUUGAUGUGAUUUUAUGUUUUAAUUUAUAAUGUAUUAUUAACGAAUAAACUUAAAUGUAUAUUUA